AUGUCCCUCCCUCUUUCACGCCUCCUUCCCAGCGCUUGGGUUCGUUCGCCCUCAUCCAAGCGUCGAAUCUGUGUGGAUCGGUCCUUCCAGGACACCGUAGCCUGCCUGGCCUGUAGGGGUCCGGCGGCAAACUGCCUCCAAAACAUGGCCGGCUCGGAGGCUGAGUGGGUAACCAUUGCCAACAACCUUCUUUUUAAGUGUCACAUACAUCUGAGAAUACAUGAACUUCAAGACUGUGAUGCUAAUGUUUUUAUUGCCCUUUAUCAGUCUAUUUUGGGAGAAAAAGUACCAGACUUCAUAGCUAUUCCUAGGAGUCAAGAGGAUGAUGCACACAACGUACAAGCAGUAAUUGAUUCACUGGCCUUGGAUUACCUGCAGGUCAGCUUGUCUCAUAUAACAGGAGAAAAUAUUGUGAAAGGAGAUAAAGAAUCUAUUAAGAAUCUCCUAGAAAUAUUUGAUGGUUUGUUGGAGUAUCUUACAGAACACAUCAGUGAAACAUCUCAUGAGAAAAGUGAAACUGACCAGAAUUUUAAAGAAUUCGAUCAACGAGAACGUUUGGAAGAGCCAGAAAGUACUAAAGACUCUAAAUCAUCAUGGAAAAGAGUUUCUUUUCAGAGGUGCUCCUUGUCUUCUGAGACGUUGGGCCCCUCUUGGGAUGGAGAUGAAGCAGAAUCCACUGGUGAAAUCAUUAGACUUGGAGACACAGCACACACCUUUUCUCUAAGAAGUAAUGUUACCCAAUGUCCUAAUGAAAUGCUGUCUAAAAAAGCCUCAGCCUCACCAAGUUCUAAGUCGCAUGAAGAUGUGUCGUGCCCUUCUAGUGUUUUGUCCAAGAAUAGGACAUCCUUUGUUGAAGACGUGGAAACCCUUUCUGUGAGGAUUCCAAAUGCUAGGAAGCUAGGGGAGCCUAUUCGAGCAGCUAUUCCUUUACAUCCACCCUACCAUCCUUCAGAGCCUCGAGCACCCUGCCCCAUAGGAAAAGAAUACUUGCGUUCAAAUCUCUGCUCACCAGCCGUAAAUUCUGCUGGAGAGUAUAUGGAAUUUUCUGGGGAUCUAGAUGAUAGAGUUUUCUUAACUUCCAAGUUGCCUAACGAUAGCAAGCAGGAAGCAGAUCCAGCUCAGGUCCCGGGGCCUAGGACAAGGAAGGCUCCCAAAGGAAAAAGAAAUGGAAAUAGAGCUACAGCCUCAUCCUUCAAUUCACCUUUCCCCCAGAGGCCAAGAAAGAGAUUAACGGAGCAAGAAUUACAUGCUGUAUCGGAGAAACUCUCUCAGCGGCUCUCUGAAUUAGAUUGGAUGUUAAAAAGUGCCCUGGGUGAUCGGAUUAAAGAAAAGACUGACCAUAAAGAAGAUACUGGAAGUGAAGAAGUAGAGGAUGGAACUGAGGAGACACUGUCUCAGCACAGUGAUGGCAUCAUGGAGUAUGGGCCAAAGAAGUCAAGGCCAGGACUUUCCGUGCGUAGAAAGCCACCAUACAGAUCCCAUUCACUCUCUCCAUCUCCCGUUAACAAACAGAAACAGUUCCACAUGGAGAGAAAAAGGCAGCGCAAGCCAAGAGAAACAGAUAUCCGCCAGUUACGAGCACAGGCAUUUACUGAAGCAUUUGAAAGGGAACUAAGAAGACAUAAAGUUCAAGAGAAUAUUGGACCUCUAGGGAUACAUGAGAAGGAGGAGGAAACAGAAAAAAUAUAUACAGAAGAAUCUGUUCAUAAAGGAACUCCAGAAUGUAGUCAGCCCUGGAAGAUUUACUCUAGAAAAACCACAGCUCAAAGUCCAAGAGGUGGCCUCCCAAAGCCAAAUAAAGCAGUUCCAAUGAAAGUAAGUGAACACAGUCUCCUGCCCCUUAUGCUGGAGCAGUUUCCAUUUCUCUCUAUUUCUGGCCCAACACUAAGCAAAAUGUGGAAACAGCAAAUUGCACAAGUUGAACAGCUUAAAAAAGAGGCAUGUAGAGAAAAUCGAUCAAAGAAGAAACUCCAAGAUGAAAUAGAAGAAGCCCUAAGAAGGCAUGACCUCCUUACUACCCUUGUCAAGAGAGAAUAUGAACACAACAAGAGACUGCAAGACUUCAAGGACUGCAUUCAGAGACAGAGGUUGACCCAAUCAAAGAUAAAAGAAAAUCGACAGGCAAUUGUUCGUGCUCGAAAAUAUUACGAUGAUUAUAGAGUUCAGUUGCACGCAAAAAUGAUGAGGAUGAGGACCCGGGAAGAAAUGAUAUUUAAGAAACUGUUUGAAGAGGGUUUAAACAUUCAGAAGCAAAGAUUACGAGACCUAAGAAACUAUGCCAAAGAAAAGCGAGAUGAACAAAGGAGACACCACCAGGAUGAACUGGACUCCAUGGAGAACUACUAUAAAGACCAGUUUUCAUUGCUGGCAGAAGCCAUAUCACAGGAACAUCAAGAACUUAAAGCCAGAGAGAAAUCUCAGGCGCAGACUUUACAUAAGGUGAAGAGGGAGCUGAGAUCUAAGAUGGAGAAGGAAAUUCAGCAACUGCAGGACAUGAUAACACAGAAUGAUGAUGAUGUUUUCUUCCGGGAACUGGAAGCUGAGCGCUUCAGAUCUCGGCUUCAGCUGGCUUCCUUUCAGUACAGUAAAAGUCCCUCACUAUGACGUAAGACAUGCUCAUAGGUGAGGGUUUCAGAGCCCUUUCCCAGGACAGAGCUAGAAUUAACCCAGUAAACUGUCUAAGCCAGAAAAAAACCAUUUUCAAAUGCUUUAUAUUUUCAUUCCAGUACUUACGAUUUUUUAAAUAAAAAUUAUUUUCUAAAA